AUGACACCCACGUGGCUCAAUGGCGUUUACCAGCACCCGGCUACGACUCCUCCUCCUCCUCCUCUUCCUCAAAAUGAAAAGCGGCCGCUGGCGGCAGCAGCCGCAGCCGCAGGUCCCAAGACCGCGCACGUCAUCAAGAUCAGGGACUUUGAGCCCAUGGCCGCGCACAUCGCCAGCUGCAGCGCCGCCGCCUCCGAAAUCACUAUCCCGCGAUCCUUUUGCCGGGCUCUCGAUCGCGUCAUCUCCAUCCGCAGCACCUUUGUCGAGCGCCUCACCUCCGCCGGCGUCGAGGUCAGCGCCACCUCGGACAACGGCCACGCCUUCUUCGUCGACGUGCCGGCGUCGUCGCCUGCCCGCGCCAAGGUGCUGCGCGGCGCGGGCCUGUGGGACGAGGACCCGAUCUGGGCCGGACGCGCGGCCGGCGUCGCCGCGGGCAUGCUGCCGCGCGUGCGCGCGCGCGCCCAAGUUCAAGUUCCUGCGGCGUAA